AUGGAUUGUGUGAGCCCAAUCUUAACUAUUGCCACUGAUCUGUUCGAUUGCACCGCCACGCGUGUCUCCCAUAUCCGUGGUCUCCGAGAAAAUCUUGAAAGCUUGAGAAGGGAAAUGGAGCGACUGAAACUUCAAAGUGAAGAUGUAAGGACAAGAGUGGAACUUGGAAAGCAAGAACAUAUGACAACCAGAAGGGAAGUGGAAGGCUGGCUUCAGGACGUUGGUAAGGAGGAAAGUGAAGCGGCUGCAAUUCUCCAAGAAGGGGAUGGAGCACUAGAGAAGGUUUGUCUUGGAAGAUAUUGUAAUAUUCGGUCGAGCUACAAGCUUGGAAAGAGAGUGAGUGGAAAAAUCACGCGGGUGAGGGAUCUAACAAGCAGAGGAGAUUUUGAAGCUGUGGCAUACAGGUUGCUUCGUGAUGUUGUGGAUGAAUUACCUCUUGGGCGUACCGUGGGCUUAGAUUCCUUGUAUGAGGAGGUAUGCAGCUUCCUCGCUCAAGAUUCAAUAGGAAUUGUCGGAUUAUAUGGAAAACGCGGAAUUGGAAAAACAACGCUAAUGAAGAAAAUCAACAAUGGUCUCCUCGAAACAAGACACGACUUUGAUACGGUGAUUUGGGUUUCAGUGUCUAAGCAAGCAAGCAAGUCAGAUGAAAAUGCUAUAGAAAUAUUCAAAAUCAUGAAAACAAAAAGGUUUUUGCUGUUUUUAGACAAUGUACAGAAACCACUUGAUCUCUCAGAUAUAGGAGUUCCUCUUCCUGAUGCUCGAAACAAGUCUAAAGUAAUAAUCGCAACUCGAUCAUUGAGAAUAUGCAGUGAGAUGGACGCUAAAAGGUAUUUGCUGGUAAAGCCUUUGGCAUGUGAAGAAGCCUGGACUUUAUUCAGCGAGCUCGUCGGAGAGGAUACUCUAAAUUCUAGUCCCGGGAUACAACAGCUUGCCCACAGCACUUUGGAGAGAUGCCAAGGUUUGCCAUCUGCCAUCAUAAUGGCUGGACGAACAUUGGUUGGCUGCAAGAUUGUCAGGGAAUGGGAACAGUUAACACAAGAGCUGGAGGACCUCAUAAAAGAAGAAAUUUCAGGGGAAGACAGGUUGCCUCAUGCUGUUGUAGAUGAAAUGCCUCUUGGGCAUACCGUGGGCUUAGAUUCGUUGUAUGAGACAGUUUGCAGCUGCCUUACUGGAUAUCAAGCAGGAAUUAUUGCAUUAUACGGAACAGGCGGUGUUGGAAAAACAACACUAAUGAAGAAAAUCAAUAACGAGUUCCUCAAAACAAGUCACCAAUUUGAUACAGUGAUUUGGGUUACUGUCUCCGAGAAAGCAAGUGUGAAAGCUGCUCAAGAGGUGAUUCGAAAUAAAUUACAAAUCCCAGAUAGCAUGUGGCAGGGUAGAACAGAGGAUGAAAGGGCUACAGAAAUAUUCAACAUCAUGAAAACAAGAAGGUUUGUGCUACUUUUAGAUGAUGUAUGGCAACGACUUGAUCUCUCAAAAAUAGGAGUUCCUCUUCCAGAAAUUCGAAACCGGUCCAAAGUAAUAAUCACAACUCGAAUUCAGGAAAUAUGCAAUGAAAUGGAAGUUCAAAGGAUAUUUAGGGUAGAGUGUUUGGCACAGGAAGAAGCCUUGGCUUUGUUCCUGGAGAAAGUCGGCGAGAACACUCUAACUUCUCACCCUGAUAUAUCACGGCUUUCUGAAAAGAUGGCAGAGUGGUGCAAAGGCUUGCCGCUUGCCCUUAUUACUGUUGGAAGAGCGAUGGCUAAUAAGAAUUCUCCCCAUGAAUGGGAUCAAGCAAUCCAAGAACUGGAGAUAUUCCCAGUGGAAAUUUCAGGUAUGGAGGGUCGGUUGUAUAAUGUUUUGAAAUUCAGUUAUGAGAACUUAAGAGAUGAAAUCACCAAAUCUUGUUUCAUAUACUGUUCUUUUUUUCCAAAGGGACAUGAAAUUAGAAAUGAUGAGCUUAUAGAACAUUGGAUUGGGGAAGGGUUUUUUUAUGGUGUGGACAUAUAUGAAGCACGCAGACGAGGACACAAAAUCAUUGAAGACCUAAAGAAUGCAUGCUUGUUAGAGGUGGGUGAUGGAUUUAAAGAAUGUAUCAAGAUGCACGAUGUGAUACACGACAUGGCUCUAUGGAUAGGUCAAGAAUGUGGAGAAAAGAUGAACAAGAUUUUGGUGCGUGAAUCUCUUGGGCAUGUUGAGGCUGAGAGGGUGACCAGCUGGAAGGAGGCAGAAAGGAUAUCAUUGUGGGGAUGGAAUAUUGAGAAACUCCCAGGAACGCCUCAUUGCUCUAAUCUCCAGACUCUCUUUGUGAGGGAGUGUAUCCGACUGAGGACCUUUCCAAGAGGAUUCUUCCACUUCAUGCCUCUCAUAAGGGUUCUAGAUUUGUCAGCUACACCUUGUUUAACGAACUUACCUGAUGGCAUUGAUGGAUUGAUGAACUUGGAAUACAUUAAUCUUUCAAUGACAAAGAUAAGAGAGUUGCCGAUUGGGAUCAAGAAGUUGACAAAACUGAGGUGCUUGUUACUUGAUGGUUUGCCUCCAUUUGUAAUUCCUCCACAUGUGAUAUCAAGUCUGUCAUCAUUGCAGUUGUUUAGCAUGUAUGAUGGAAAUGCUUUAUCUUCUAACCAUGAACACUUGUUGGAGGAAUUGGAGUCCAUAGAAUCUAUGGAUGAGAUAUCUCUCUCAUUCUGUAGUGUUGUAGCUCUCGAUAAAUUUCAGAGCUCUGACAAGCUACUAAGGUGCAUAAGAAGAUUAAGUCUACAUGACUGCAAAGAUUUCAUAUUUCUCAAGCUAUCCAUAGAAUUUCUGAGCUAUUUGGAGACUCUUGUCAUAUUCAAUGUCAUUCAAUUGCAUAUAAUGUGCAUUAAAGAUGUGGGAAAUGAGGGAAGUAAAGGAUUUGAAGAAUCUUAUCAUAUGCUCAGUCCUGAUUUGAGAGACAGAGGCAGACAACACUUCCACAGGCUUCGUCAUGUAAAGAUUUGGAGUUGUCCACAAUUGCAGCACUUGAUGUGGCUUAUUUAUGCUGUACACCUUGAGUCGCUUAAUGUUCAAUUCUGUGAAUCCUUGACAGUAGUGAUACCCACCAUUACCAGCGGAUUCUCAAGACUCGCAUCUCUAGUAUUAGGUGGCAUGCCAGUGCUGAGGAGGAUCUUUUCGGGGGCCUUACACUUGCCUUCAUUGGAAGUGAUCUCUGUGAUCAAUUGCCCGAGCCUAAGGAGCCUCCCAUUCUAUUCAAAUAGUGCCACCAAGAGCUUAAAGAAAAUUGAAGGAGAUCUGACCUGGUGGGAAAGCUUGGAAUGGGAGGAUGGAUCUACGAAGGAGAUUUUCGCCAAUUAUUUUUCUCCACAAUACUUGGCCGAUCCAAUUCAUCACUCAGGGGAAGCGAAGGGAAAGAAGAUACUGGUGGUAGAAGGUUCAACAUCAAGGACAACCACCUAAACACAGCUUGUGGAUGGCAUACAGAAGUUGGAACUCAUGAGGGAACAGGUACCACCGACUCACUCUCCUACAACAAACUGCCAACAGCUCGUAUCAUGUGUCAACCAAAACUCGAGUCUAUUUUCAAUUUGGGCAUGCUUGAAAGUAUUUUUGGUUCAACAUCAAG